UACUUAAAGUUUAUUGCCAACCUCCAGUAAAUCCAAGAAGAAGAAGAACAAGAAGAGUUGUAUCGUUGACGACAGUAGGUGGAGGGUCCAGGAUGGGGCGGUCCUCCAAAGACAAGCGGGACAUAUACUACCGUCUGGCUAAGGAAGAGGGCUGGAGGGCCAGGAGCGCUUUCAAGCUACUGCAGCUGGACCAGCAGUUCAACCUGUUUUCAGGUGUGAGCCGAGCAGUGGAUCUUUGUGCAGCGCCAGGCAGCUGGAGUCAGGCUCUCAGUCGCAAACUCAGAGACAGAGAGGAGGAGGUGAAGAUUGUUGCAGUGGACCUGCAGGCCAUGGCUCCUCUGCCAGGAGUCACUCAGAUUCAGGGUGACAUCACUAAGGUGUCCACAGCUCAAGAGAUAAUCCGUCACUUCGAGGGGCAGCCAGCUAACCUGGUGGUGUGUGACGGAGCUCCAGACGUAACUGGACUCCAUGAUGUGGAUGAGUAUAUCCAGGCUCAGCUCCUAUUAGCUGCUCUGAACAUCACCACUCACGUCCUGACACCUGGAGGAACUUUUGUAGCCAAGAUCUUUAGGGGUAAAGAUGUAACUCUACUGUACUCUCAGCUGAAGAUUUUCUUCAGCAGUGUGACUUGUGCCAAGCCUCGCAGCAGUAGAAACUCGAGCAUCGAGGCCUUUGUGGUUUGCCAGAAUUAUUCUCCCCCAGAGGGUUAUAUCCCCAACAUGUCCAACCCUCUGCUGGACCACUCAUAUGAUGUGGACUUCAACCAGCUAGAAGGACCAAACCGUGUCAUUGUUCCCUUCUUAGCAUGUGGAGACCUUAGUGCCUUUGACUCGGACAGAACCUAUCCCCUACAGCUUGAUGCUAGUAAAGAGUACGAGUACAGUCCUCCCACACAGCCACCUAUCCGGCCUCCAUAUGAGCAGGCUUGCCACUUUCGCAAACAGAACUUGCUGUCCAGAGAGGAUGCUCCUCCCAUCAGCCCCACCCAGAGCCAAGAAGAACAGAAACCAUAAGCCAAGACCUCAUGACCUUUAAGUAGUGCUAAUGGGAAAGGGCCCUGGACAUCUAGCAUAUCAUAAUCUGUUAAGUCUUCCUGGAUCUCCAAGCAGUAGGAUGUAUUUUUAAUGAGUUGACAUCUGAAAAUAAACGCUGACAUCUGAAAAAGAAAGGCUAUUUAUAAUAAUGAUACCGCUUUUUACUCAAGAACUUUUUCAGAGGAAAAUGUGGGAGAUCUAAAUGACGUAAGUCAAUAAUGCAAAGCAAUUUGCUGGAUUUCCAGAGAUGGAGAAAUUUUUUUUUUAAUUUUUUUUAUAAAUUUAAAUAAUGAACUGAACUUGAAUAAUGAACUGAACAUUGUUUUGAUAACUAGGAUCAAUCAGAAUGUAUGUAUGAUUGGAUUGAAUUUCCUUUUUUUGUAAAGUCCCUUGAGAUUACAUGAAUUGGUGCUAUGUAAACUGAAUUGAAUUGAGUAGAUAUUGCAGAAAAAUCCAUUGUUGACUUUAAAUAUUGAAAUCUUUAUUUCGAGUGUUAACUUUUACUUGUAGAGAGCUGUUUACGUUGAACUUCAUCUGAAGGCUCUUAAAAAGGUUUGCAUCUGAACCUUCAUUCAUCACUUGGACCUGCUUAUCCACACACGGUGGCUGGGGUCCUUGUUUCUACCUCCAGCAGUGAUUAGAUGAGAGGCAGUUAAAACAUUGCAGACAUUCAUAGCUACAUGCAAAUUACAGAGACAAGUUUUCAAACCACUGCCUCAAGGCUGACAAAGCGUUGACUCUAUUUUUACGCGUCUCUCCACAUCUUUCAGCCGUGGCGUUAUUUCAGCAAUAGCAUUAGCUCUCUCAACAGGUGUUGUAGGUGCUUGGACUGGUGUGGGAGGAUCUUUUGGAGACAUGUCCUCCACGUCAGAAUGGAAAAAAACGUCUCUUUCUCCAGCAUGGUAGGAAUCAAGCUGGCUGGGCUAAUAAGCACAAAUAGAUCAUAGUUCUUAUUGAAGUCUGGAGUUCUGUUCCCUCUGGGGUGUCUCUAGGCUAUCAGUCAGUCUUCCAGGUAAUCCAUAGCACAUCCGUAGGCUUACUGUAGUAGGAUCUGUGCAUGGUAGAAGAUUGGAGGUUCCAACCUGAUCACAAUAGGAAGAUGUGUCUCAGAGUAAAGGUAAAAUAAUCUGAUAGGUUUUUAAAGAAUAACAAAUUUCAACAUGAACAUUGUCAUUGGAAGUAAAAUGUAAAUUUUAUGCCAUGAAGUUUUAAAACAUCACAAUAACUGACUCAUUUAAACUUCAACUUGUCAAAUAAACAAUUUUUCUAAAAUUGUUAUAAAGGAAUAGUGAAUACACUUUGACUUUAUUCCUUUAAUCUGUAGAGAAGUAAUAUAUUCUUAUAUUGUCAAAAAUAAUGAACUGAAGCUGGUUCUGUGCAUGGCCUAAAAAGGGAAUAUUAUUAAACAUCAGAUGCCAUUUUAGAACCAAAGGUGUGUAAAAUAACAAAAUUACUUUAAUUUUCUCCACAUCUAGUUUUUUUUUUCCUCGACAUUAUUACAUCAAUUUAUUUUUCAAAUUGAUGUAUUAAUAUCUGACUAUGGUUAUAUCUCAAAACAAUUUUUAAAAAGCAAAAUUUAGUAAACAGCCGGAUAUUAUGACUAGCCGACUGAUUGGUCUGUUUAAAACUCUGUUCACAAUCCUUGCAGUUGUUCAUUAGGAGUGUUUUAAUAGAUUUACAAAUAGAUUUACAAAUAUAUAUAUAUAUAUAUAUAUAUAUAUAUAUAUAUAUAUAUAUAUACUAUCUCAGACCUUGCUGGGAUGUGGUUUUCCGUAACCCUGAGAAGCCCUGCCAAAACUUGAGGUCUCAGCAGGCAUGGUGGGAGGCUUUUUCCCUUGCCGGAGGACUGGUGUUGCCACGGAGGAUGAGUUCACAGGAUAUGUCUGGCCAGCUCAGCGACGAGGGGUCAAGAUUCCAGCGAGAAGCGAGGUGGUGAUCUGGGGACAUGCUCGAGCAGGACCAGCAGGGAGAGACUACUGCGGCCUGGUGGAAACCCUGGAGGAGCUCAACACUGUGUCAUUGCCCUAGGGUGCUACCAAAAGAUUGUCCGACUCUACCAAGUCGACGAUGUAGAUAUCCACAGGGGUCGAGAUGUUGACAUGGUUGUUUAUGACAGUGGCGUGGUACAAGUCGGGCUGGUAGAAGCUAUGGAUUCCCUAGAGGAGAGCCAAGGCUUCAGCCUACAGAGGCUAGUGAAACAACUAGGUUUAAAACCUGCCGAAGCCAGUAAGCGGACCAUAUGUUCUCUUCAAGGCAAACCGACGUAUGAAAUGGAUUAGCUCAAUCCAGACUGGUUUCCAGCGCUGAAUAUGGGUCACUGCAAAGUAAACGCCACAACAUCGGACCGACAUGAGCGUCAAUUAAAGAGGCGAUACAGCAAGACCAUGGUGGAUCAACAAGUUACAGAGACUGUUUUCAUGAUUUACCCCAGAGGAGGUAAAUCAUGAAAACACAGUAGCGGAGGCUAUGGAAGAGGAGCGAGUUGGAGAGGCUGAGGAGGAAACCCCAGGAGAGGAGCUCAGCAAGGCUGCACACUCUGAAGAGGAACGUGAACCAUUUGUGUUGAAAUAUGUGUGUCUGUUUUUCCUCAAUUAAAUAAUUUAAUGUGGUAAACAUUCAUGAAAUGUUUGAUUCAAUCACUUCAAGUUGCAUGUAAACAGGUGCUGAAAUGAAUCACAUUUCAAGUAAAAAUGUGAUAUCUAAAAUGUUUCAAGUAAUAACCAUAUAUGUAAUGAAAGAUUAGAUUUUAUAACAACAUAUUUAUCGAAUUGUGUUAACAUGCAAGACAACAGUUCGGUGUGGCUACACAUAUGAACAUAGCUGUCGGUCAAAAGACUGGUCAGAUGAGGUGGCAGCAAUGACAGAGCUAUAUGGAGUGAAAGGCAUUUUGAAAGAGUAAUGGAUAGUGAACUAUUAAAAUAAAUUGUCUAAAUUAUUUAAAUUUGCAGACUAUUUAAAGUAAAUUAUUCAAAGUGAAUUUUCUAAAUUAAGAAUGUUGCAGGUUGUUUAUGUAUGUCUGAUGUUUGUAUGUUUUGAUUAACACUGUCGGUGGUUUAUAUUUUGUUUUGUUUAAUGAUAUUUGCACUUUGUAAUGUUGGUUUAUUUUGUAUGUACCUCAAGGGCUGCCGUAGUUAAUGAGGGCAGGCCUGUAAAAGCUGGCAGAGUCAUUGUACCAAUGAAUGACUUGAACAACUGUCAAGAUAUGUUUGGCACAAAGAAAUUAACGCUUAGUCUUCCCUAGUGAAAGCAGCGAGAUAUGUUUUGUUGUUUGUAUUGUCAGUUUAUGUUUUGUAUUGUACUAUUUGUAUAUGCCACCAUAGUGGCUGAGGUGGGUGUGGUGACUGUGAUGAUCCACAUCAAAGAAAAUAAACAAAACUCUGAAAAUCA